AUGCCGUCCGCUCGCGGCAACAACUUCGCGACUGUCGAGGUCAAGCCUGAUGGCGUACCUUCGCGGUCCAACCUUGCACCUGCGUCGCCUGGCUCACCAAAAGCUGUCCGAUUCGCCCCAGCAGAGUCGCGGCCAUUGACGCAGGCAGAAGCUUGGUCACUGUACCACUUCGAGAAGCAUGCUCACGGCUGCCGUGCAUGCAACAACCCACUAGAUGGCCAACGAGCAGGUCGACGACUAUGCGAAGCCGGGAUGAGCCUGGCUCGUGAUGUCGCUGGCUACGUUUACCGGUUGGACGGCGCUGUCUACAGCCGGACCAGGGACGACCACAAGCUAGUGCAGGUCGAGAUGCCCGCUGGCUACACUCACGUCAACCAGCUGCUGCGAUCGACGGAACGAGCGCCACGAUCAGCUGCGCGGACUGUCCCAAUAAUAUCAUACGACGAACCAUCAUCAAAGGCUUCUCGAAGGACAGUACCCAAGGAGAAAGACGACUACGCAGUCAAGAAAACACUCGUACUCGAGCCGCCUCGAUCAGAGCGUAGAUCGGAUUGGAAACCACACCGCAAAUCUACACGCUAUGAAGCAUUCGUUUUGGAAGAAGAUGUCGAAGCAGCAACUUCGCGACGACGAACAGCAGUCGUCGACGAUGAUCGACGAGGGUCGCUCUACUAUGAAGACAAGCAAAAGCAACGAAAGGAAGCCUACCGAGUCGAGUACCGCGAACCGGAAAGGCGAGAGCAACGGCGAGACCGACAAGACGUUUUCACAGUGAUGUUUCGACCAAGACUACUCACCUCGAGUAGCUGGAGUAGAGGCUUUGUUCGAACAUAUGCUUCACAUCCAGCCAAAGCGCGUCUAAACAUACCAACAGAUUAUGGAAGCACACCACUACUCCACCAUAACGCGAAGGCAGCUCUGGCAAAUAGAGAACUUCCAGAGGAAGCACGAAAUGGCACGACAAGCCGCAUCAAUCUCUUCCAAGCCGUCAACGCCGCACUCUCGCAUGCCCUUCGGACAGACCAACGAACAUUACUCUUCGGCGAAGACGUAGCCUUCGGUGGCGUCUUCCGCUGCUCAAUGAAUCUCGCAACUGAGUUCGGGGACCAUCGCGUCUUCAACACUCCCUUGAGUGAACAAGGACUCGUCGGUUUCGCCGCCGGAGCAGCAAUGGAGGGUAUGCGACCUAUCGCUGAGAUCCAGUUUGCUGAUUACGUGUAUCCCGCUUUCGACCAAAUCGUCAAUGAAGUGGCAAAGGCGAGAUAUCGAGCUGGUGCGAAUGAGGGAAUGAAUUGUGGUGGGCUUGUCAUUAGGAUGCCCGCUGGUGGCGUGGGACACGGAGGGCUCUACCAUACGCAGAGUCCCGAGUCGUUAUUUACGCAUGUUCCUGGUUUGAGGGUCGUAGUGCCCAGAUCACCGACGCAGGCGAAAGGGUUGUUGCUUGCGGCGAUCGCUUGUGAUGAUCCUGUCAUAUUCAUGGAGCCGAAGAUUCUGUACAGGGCUGCUAUUGAGCAUGUUCCUGCGGAGGCCUUUACGCUGCCCUUGAGUACGGCAGAGGUGUUAAAAGAGGGCAAGGAUGUCACGGUUAUUUCUUACGGAACGCCACUUUAUCUCUGCCAGAAUGCUUUGGCUGCGGCAGAGAAGGAGCUCAAAUGUUCGGUUGAGCUUAUCGAUCUACGGACUGUUUAUCCUUGGGAUAGAGAAGCUGUAAUGGCUUCUGUCAACAAGACAGGAAGGUGCAUUGUUGUGCAUGAAAGCAUGGUCAAUGCCGGCGUUGGAGCAGAAGUUGCGGCCACGAUUCAGGAAAAGUGCUUUUUGAGGCUCGAAGCACCUGUGCAGCGAGUGGCUGGCUGGUCGACACAUUCUGGACUGGCAUACGAAAAGUUCAACAUCCCUGACGUCGUAAGGAUAUACGACACUAUCAAGAAUGUCCUAGAGUACUGA